CAUCCAGAUUGAAAGCUAGCCAAACAAGACACGUUUCCAUUUUCAAACUUUUAUUUAUUUAUCUAUUUUCUUUUCCAUCUGAAACAUUGUAUACAUUCUUUUAAAUUUCUGGGUUUUAGUUGGCGUCUAGAACUCGUUGCAGAGAACAGAGUUAUUGGUUUAGCUCUGUUUUGGCCCUGAGAGUUUGAUAUAGAUACUUAUAUCUAUAUAAAUAUAACUCUCAGGGAAUUGGUGGGUUUAUUUAAGUUGUAUAGAAGUAUCUAAGCUUCAGGGAGAUUUGAAAAUGGAGGGCAGUGAUAUUUACAGAGCGGCUAAUAGUUUACGAAGAAACAGUUCUUCCAUGUGGAGAAGCAAUAAUAUGGAAAUAUUCUCGAGGUCGUCGAGGGAAGACGAUGAUGAAGAAGCUCUUAAAUGGGCAGCUCUGGAGAAGCUUCCUACUUAUGAUCGUCUCAGAAAAGGAAUACUCACUUCGCCGCACGGCGACGCAAGUGAAAUUGAUGUGAAUAAUCUUGGACUUGAAGAGAGGAAGGAGUUGAUGGAGAGGUUGGUUAAAGUUGCAGAUGAAGAUAAUGAAAAGUUCUUGCUCAAGCUUAAGAAUCGUAUUGAUAGAGUUGGAAUUGAAGUUCCAACAAUAGAAGUGCGAUAUGAGCAUCUGGAAGUAGAAGCAGAGACUCGUGUAGGAGGCAGAGCUUCGCCUACCUUCUUCAACUUCACUUUUAACAUGCUCGAGAGCCUCGUGAAUUAUCUCCAUAUUCUCCCAAGUAGAAAGAAACGUAUUUCUAUUCUUCACGAUGUUAGUGGAAUCAUCAAGCCAAGCAGAAUGACAUUGCUAUUGGGUCCUCCAAGUUCUGGUAAGACCACAUUCUUGUUAGCUUUGGCAGGAAAGCUUGACCCUGAACUAAAGUUAAGUGGGAGGGUGACCUACAACGGGCGCGAAAUGAAGGAGUUUGUACCGCAGAGAAGUGCAGCCUACAUCAGUCAACAUGAUGUUCAUAUUGGCGAAAUGACAGUGCGAGAGACAUUGGCUUUCUCUGCAAGAUGUCAAGGAGUUGGAACCCGAUAUGAUAUGCUAGCAGAGUUGUCUAGAAGAGAGAGACUGGCUAAUAUUAAGCCUGAUCCAGAUAUUGAUAUCUACAUGAAGGCAGCAGCAACAGAAGGCCAAGAGUCAAAUGUAGUGACUGAUUAUAUUCUAAAGGUUUUGGGAUUGGAUAUCUGUGCUGAUACCAUGGUUGGGGAUGAAAUGAUAAGGGGUAUCUCUGGGGGACAGAGGAAGCGUGUCACAACUGGUGAGAUGCUAGUUGGACCAGCAAAGGCGCUUUUCAUGGAUGAAAUAUCUACUGGUUUGGACAGCUCGACAACUUAUUCAAUUGUGAAUUCACUCAAGCAAUUUGUUCAUAUUUUUCAAGGGACUGCUGUCAUCUCACUGCUCCAGCCUGCACCAGAGACUUAUAACCUUUUUGAUGACUUGAUUCUCCUCUCCGAUGGUCAGAUUGUGUACCAGGGUCCACGGGAAGGCGUUCUUGAUUUUUUUGAAUCCAUGGGUUUUAAAUGUCCAGAGAGGAAAGGUGUCGCUGACUUUCUUCAAGAGGUGACAUCAAGAAAAGAUCAGGAGCAGUAUUGGGUACGAAAAGAGGAGCCUUACAGUUUUGUCACAGUAAAGGAAUUUGUGGAGGCUUUCCAAUCAUAUCAUGUGGGAAGGAAAGUAGGAGAUGAGCUUGCAACUCCAUUUGACGAGAGCAAAAACCACCCAGCUGCUUUGACAACCAAAAAAUAUGGUUUAGGGAAGGGGGAACUCUUAAGAGCUUGUAUAUCAAGAGAAUACUUGCUUAUGAAGAGGAACUCCUUUGUUUACUUCUUCAAGCUUUCACAAAUUGCAAUAACGGCGCUGAUUGGGAUGACAGUCUUUCUAAGAACCAAGAUGCCUGACGAUUCUGCAGAGGAUGGACAAAUUUACGUUGGUGCUUUGUUCUAUGCUGUGGUUACUGUAAUGUUUAAUGGAAUGUCAGAGAUUUCCAUGACCAUUGCCAAGCUUCCAGUCUUUUACAAGCAGAGGAACCUCCUGUUCUACCCUCCAUGGGCAUAUGCUCUUCCAACAUGGGUUCUCAAGAUCCCUAUCACAUUGAUAGAGGUUGCAGUCUGGGUGUUCCUUACGUAUUAUGUUAUUGGAUUUGAUCCAAAUGUUGGAAGGUUUUUUAAGCAAUAUCUUCUGCUACUAUGUGUAAACCAGAUGGCCUCUGCACUGUUCAGAUUGAUUGCAGCUUUGGGUAGGAACAUGAUUGUUGCAAACACUUUUGGGUCCUUUGCCUUGCUAGCAACUUUCGCAUUGGGUGGCUUUGUGCUGUCUAAAGAUGAUAUUAAAAAAUGGUGGAUUUGGGGUUUCUGGAUUUCCCCUUUGAUGUAUGGCCAGAAUGCAAUACUAGUUAACGAGUUCCUUGGGAACAAGUGGCGACAUAUCCUGCCAAACUCAACAGAACCUCUAGGAGUUGAAGUUUUGAAGAGCGGCGGGUUCUUUACAGAUGAAUAUUGGUAUUGGCUUGGCAAUGGGGCACUGCUUGGAUUUAUUUUACUUUUCAACAUUGGUACCGUUAUUGCUUUCACUUUCCUCAAUGAAUUUGGGAAGUCAGGAUCCAUAAAAUCAGAAGAUGACAGCAGCGGUGAGAAGGGCAGAGCUGGGGGAUCCAUUCAAUUAGCACAAAGAGAAAGAAGCUCAAGUAACCAAACUCGGAGUCAUAAUGAGAAAAGAGGAAUGAUUCUUCCAUUUGAACCACAUUCAAUCACCUUUGAUGAUGUUGUAUAUUCUGUGGACAUGCCUCAGGAAAUGAGGAGUCAGGGUGUUGCAGAUGAUAGAUUGGUUCUCCUGAAGGGUGUAAGUGGCACUUUUAGGCCAGGUGUUUUAACUGCUCUGAUGGGAGUUAGUGGUGCUGGUAAAACAACUUUGAUGGAUGUCCUGGCUGGUAGGAAAACUGGUGGAUAUAUUGAUGGCGAUAUCAGAAUUUCUGGAUACCCUAAGAAGCAAGAAACAUUUGCACGAAUUUCUGGAUAUUGUGAGCAAAAUGACAUCCACUCACCGCAUGUUACUGUAUACGAGUCCUUGCUCUACUCAGCUUGGCUCCGAUUACCAACAGAAGUUGAUUCUGAGACAAGAAAGAUGUUCAUCGAGGAAGUGAUGGAGCUUGUGGAACUCAACCCACUGAGACAAGCACUAGUUGGGUUGCCUGGUGUCAAUGGUCUCUCAACUGAGCAGCGGAAAAGGUUAACAAUUGCAGUGGAGUUAGUGGCCAAUCCCUCUAUAAUAUUCAUGGAUGAGCCUACUUCAGGGCUAGACGCAAGAGCUGCUGCAAUUGUCAUGAGAACUGUUAGGAACACUGUGGAUACUGGAAGAACAGUUGUGUGCACCAUCCAUCAGCCAAGCAUCGACAUAUUUGAAGCUUUUGAUGAGCUAUUCCUAAUGAAACGUGGAGGACAAGAAAUAUAUGUUGGGCCAUUGGGUCACCAUUCUUGCCAUCUAAUCAAGUAUUUUGAGGGAAUUGACGGCGUCAGUAAAAUAAAAGAUGGAUAUAAUCCUGCAACUUGGAUGUUGGAAGUUUCUAGUUCAGCUCAAGAAAUGGUUCUAGGAGUUGACUUUGCUGAGGUGUACAGAAAUUCAGAAUUAUACAGGAGAAACAAGCAACUUGUUAAAGAACUGAGCAUCCCUGCACCUGGGUCGAAGGACCUACAUUUCCCCACCAGAUACUCACGAUCAUUUCUCACCCAAUGUGUAGCUUGCUUUUGGAAACAACGUUUGUCUUACUGGCGCAACCCACCUUACACCGCUGUAAGAUUUCUCUUCACCACAGUCAUAGCAUUGAUGUUCGGGACUGUGUUCUGGGACCUCGGCACCAAGAGGAGCAAGCAAAAAGAUCUGAUGAAUGCAAUGGGAUCUAUGUAUGCUUCUGUUCUCUUCCUUGGAGUCCAAAAUGCUUCAUCAGUGCAACCAGUAGUUGCCAUUGAAAGAACAGUUUUCUACAGAGAAAAAGCUGCUGGGAUGUAUUCAGACUUGCCAUAUGCAUUUGCACAGGCGAUGAUUGAGAUUCCAUAUGUCUUUUCACAAGCUGUAGUCUACGGUUUGAUAGUGUACGCAAUGAUUGGAUUCGAAUGGACAGCCGCCAAAUUCUUUUGGUAUCUGUUCUUCAUGUACUUCACAUUGCUGUACUUCACCUUCUAUGGCAUGAUGGCUGUGGCUGUGUCACCAAACCACCAUAUUGCCUCCAUUAUUUCUUCUGCAUUUUACGGAAUGUUUAAUCUAUUCUCAGGAUACAUAAUCCCACGACCCAGGAUCCCCGUAUGGUGGAGAUGGUACUACUGGGCGUGCCCUGUGGCAUGGACUUUGUAUGGAAUGGUUGCAGCACAGUUUGGAGAUAUUAAGGACACCUUUGGUGACACAGAUGAAAGUGUAGAAGACUUUUUGAGAAGAUAUUUUGGAUUCAAACAUGACUUCUUGGGUGUGGUUGCAGCUGUGAUUGUUGGUUUUACAGUGCUUUUUGCAUUCAUCUUUGCCUUUGCCAUUAAGGCGUUUAAUUUUCAAAGGCGAUAGAAUUUUAUUUUUUAUUUUUUGUUUAUAUUUGUUACUUUCUUUUUUAUAUUUUUUUUAUAUGUACUAUAAGUGGUAUAUCAACCGGGUCCAAUAUGUACUUGUACAUUGUCCAUAUAAACUUUUAAAGUUGACCACAAGAGGGUGAAAAGUAUUCUGUCAUUUCUUAAUCCCAGUAGAUUUGGUACUUAAUGGGAUAUACAUGUGAAGCAUGAGAAUCUGUAGUAAUACACAUUGUUCAAUAAAACAAUCUUUGAUUGCA